GCUCUGCUCGGGCUCCCACCCAGGGUGUGGGGUCGGGGCCAGUAGGGCCAGGCCCCAGACUGAGCACAAAGCAUUGGUCAGUGCCUGAGCGGGCGGGGCGCCCUGCCGCCACCCAGAGCCUGCCAGGCACCCCAGGCCUCCCUUGCGUGACUGGAGGCAGCUGCAGCCCCCUGGCUUUGCCUUCAGCCCACUGGCCGGGUGACGGGUCACCCCCCAGGCACUUGUCACCCAGGCGCCCGCGUCGCGGCCACGGCGCAGCAGGUCUGACCUGGGCCCGGCUGCUCGGGGUCUCUGCUGCCUCCGGGCGCCUCGAGGCCCCUGGCCCCGGGGCUGGGGUGGCAGUGCACUUCCCCCCGAGUACUCGCCCGCGAGGUCGUGCCCUGGAUCCAUGCGUGGGCAGCACCCUUGGAGAGUGCGCUUACCUCCUGGGGAGGGGGCGCGGGAGGCUGCGCUGGGCUGCCAGGGGCACUCAGCCCAGGGUGCGAGUCCGGGCCGUGUCCGUUCCAGAACCCCCCGGACCGAUCGACAACAGCAGGAUCGCGCAGGUCAAAGGGAGCGGCCACGUGCAGCUGAAGCAGGGGGCCGACUACGGGCAGAUCUCUGAGGAGACCUGGGGCUACCUGAGCAGCCUGUACGGCGGCGGCCCCGAGAUCGCCAUCCGCCAGAGCGUGGCGCCUCUGCCGGACCCCGAGGGCCUGCACGGGGAGCAGAAGAUCGAGGCUGAGACGCGGGCCGUGUGACGGGCCGGCCGUAAGUCUCCCGCCCGCUGCCGGGAGGGGCCCAGCUGCCCCCACGGGCCGCGGAGGGUGUGUGUGCUGGGGACAGGCUGCCACUUGGGGAGCCGCGUGUGAAAGAGGAGGCAGGUGAGUGACGCACGCCGUGGC